GAAGAUGCGGCUCCAGCUGGCUCCUGCUGUGCUGCUGUGGCUGAGCGCAGCCGUCGCGUCACAGGAGGAAACGGUCACGCUCGAGCUGCAGCAGGGCGUCAUCGAGGGCAGAAGGUCUGAGGCCAAGGGGGGGAGGCCCUUCUACAGUUUCCUGGGCAUCCCUUACGCCGAGCCCCCCGUCGGGAGCCUGAGGUUUAAGGACCCUGUGCCUGCCGGAAAGUGGGAGGGCGUGAGGAACGGUUCAGCAGCCCCGCCCGGAUGUCCUCAGCCGAUGUAUACUGGGGUAACUAAUGAAGACUGCCUGUUUCUCAACGUCUUUACGCCUCGGGUCAACAAGUUGAACCUUCCCGUCAUGGUGUGGUUCCUCCCCGGGGCCUUCGUGAUGGGCAAUAUGGAUAUCUAUCGACCAGAGUAUUUGCUUAGAAAAGAUGUGAUUCUUGUGGUUGUUCAGGCCCGACUCGGUAUCCUGGGAUUCCUCUCAACAGCGGACUCUGAGCUUCCUGGCAACUUAGGGCUGAAGGACCAGACGUUGGCCCUCCAGUGGGUACGGGAUAACAUCUUUGACUUUGGUGGCGACAAAGAUAAGGUCACCAUUUUUGGGCAAAAUGCGGGCGCCGCGUCUGUGCACCACCACAUUGUGUCCCCGAAGUCAAAAGGUUUGUUUAAACGAGCGAUCAUGCAGUCAGGCUCAGGUCUGUGCCCCUGGUCAGUUCGGGAGGACCAUAGGUACUUAGCAUAUCAGAUCGGUCGCUUCUUAGAAUGCCCUGGACUGACCGAGAACCCGGCGGAUAUGAACUCUGCCGAACUUGUUGAAUGCCUGAAGAAGAUCCCCGCGGAAAAAUUGACCUCCGCGCUUUUCGCACUGCCCACCCCCUUCCUGAUGGCUCCCCGCGUGGACGGAGACUUCCUCCCAGACCACCCAGCCACUCUGCUCAGGGAGGGCCGCUACAACGCCGUGGACAUCAUCGUCGGCAAAACACGGGACGAAGGCGCUUUAAACUCUCGUACAUUCUUGCAAGACGGCACAAUGAACACCCUGAUACAAAACUACAGCACAGUUGUCCCCUUCGUGAUGGGCUUAAAUGUCUGGGACGACAACUUCGACUUCUUAGGCCGCCUCAUUUUCCACAGGUACUUGGGUGCCGUCGAGUUUGACAUGAGCAAGAUCGAUGCUCUGACCAAGCUCGUCAGUGACUCCUUCUACAGUACAUGCACCAUAGAAGCUAUAGAAAACCAUGCAAGGGGUACCGUCUAUGGCCGUCAUGUCUACGCUUACGAGUUGCAGCAUCGUGGACAGUACACCUUUACAGAACUAUACAUGGGACCUGCACCUGAGUGGAUGUUGGAUAAUGUAAGUCACAUGGACGAUUUGCAGUACCUGUUCUCCUUUGACAAUCUCAAUAUCAGCAUGAGCAAGGAAGAGGAUUUCUUCGUUUCGAGGAUCAUGGUAGAUCUCUGGACCAACUUUGCUGCUACUGGAAACCCAACACCGGAUAUGUCAAUGGGAUUCAAAUGGACACCGACUGAUGACUCGAAGGUUUCUUACCUCGGCAUCACUUCAUCCCCUACUAUGCAGGUCUUCGAUGAUGUUCAGACCUUAGAAUUCUGGAGAAAUUUACCGAAGAAAGUGAACAAACUGCUGUAUCCAGAUCGUUUUCGCAAGGAGCAAGACUAGGAAGCAGUAGCAGUUACUAUACCAGGAUGUUACACUACCUAUUAUGAUGGAUAUUUUGAAGUUGUUAUAACAGCAGUGUGUGGUAUUAAAUGGUAUUCUUGGUAUGCCAAUGAAUAUGGACACGACCUUAGUUAAGACUUGAUUUGAAUAGGCUUUUCUAUUUUUUUUAUUUAGAAAUGUAUCACAGUACUAAUAUUGUUCACGGCCUUUGGUAGUAGACGAAUAGGGGCAUUAUA